AUGCAUCAACAUCCACGGUCACCAGCACCGUCUUUGGUGCCAAAUAUCCCCCGACCUACGCCUCGAGACGGCGACGACACCGCCCCAAGGUCCCCAACCGUCGACACUGGGUCUCAUUCAGCAAGAGGACUAGGGACAGAGGCUGGGCCACAGCCGGCCGAACAGGCCAGGAAUGCGGCACUGGGAAAGGAGGCCCUGACCCGGCUUAACCAAAUCAUAUCGAAUCAUCACACAAAAGCAGCUUUGAUCAUUCUGCACUCUCGUGUUAGACUGCCUCCUUCCUAUAAUAAGGGCUCUGAGUCCCCGAGGGUCAACCGCUGGAGCCUGGUGAUUUUGGACGAAAAUGGCAAGCGAUGGGACGUGCGGGAUUCGCUGGCGGCGCUGCAGGGCGCCCGUGCAAAGCCAUAUCAAUCAGAUAACGAUGAGAUUAUCUUGGAGCGGUGGAGGAUCGAGCUGGGAGAGGCGUCAGGCAGACUUCCCUCCGACCUAGGAUCCAUCUUGCCCACCGUGUAUAAAAAGGGCAUUGUUCUCUUCCGGUCCUUGUUCACAUACUCCAAGUUCUUGCCUGCGUGGAGAUUCUCCAGGCGUAACGAGAAGCUGCGACGGAGCCCAGCUUUGGAGAUCAAGUAUCGGGUGGUGAAUAAGAGCCUCCCCCGUCAGAAUGCCUCACUGGACCACUUGAUAGCACCGCUCAGUGAGGGAAGUGAGAAGGAAGUGGACACAUAUAGCUUUGGAGUCACAGAGUCACCCGCAGGUCCGUUCACAGUUCAACUCACGUAUAGGACGGUCGAGCGGUGUGGCUGUGGUGGCCUAAUCGGGAAGGAGUUCCCUCGGCUCCCCCGAGCCGCUGAAUAUCAAUCUGACAUCAUUUCGUCCUUGGACUAUGACAACGGAUAUUUACGAGGUCAAUAUGUGAAAGAAACGUUGGCGCAAGUCUGA